AGAUUCCUUUAAAUUCUUUAAAUUCCCCCCCCCCCGCUUGCCUUGGCUAGCCUGCUGUGGCUCUUGGUGGGCAAGGGGGCCUUGGUACCCUGAGGGAGCCUUGGCUCCUGGCUCCUUGCCUGGCCGUUUUCCUGCUGGGGCUGGGCUGGGCUGGGCUGGAGCCACGUGGGUGGUUAAUAGGGCUGUUGCCGGCUGAGGAGCAUUGAGGCUGCUUGCGCUCUGCUGGGGGCCUCUAAUUUGGCUUAUUGGGGGCUGUGGCGUUUGCCGCCCCCCCUGGGGUGCCUGCGGGGUGGGGGUGCAUCAUUGGGAGGGCGCCAGGCCGUUAUUGUGCCUGGUUUGCACGUUGCGUCCGCCAUUUUAAUGCUUGCAACCCCCUUUGCUAUUAAGCAGAGAGCUGCUGCUUGUGCAUUGGGGGGAGCGGUUUGAGGGGGGUUGCUGGGUCUUUAGGACCUUGGGAGGGGGUCCCCUCACUUGAUUCACCUGGGGGGCCUCUAGUUUUUGUGUCCUGUAUAGCGUUUGUUUUCUGUUUGCAUCUGUUUUAGCUGAGGAAAAAUUUUUUCCUGGCUGCAGUUUAUUUCGAGGCUUGAGUGCUUGCAGCCAGUUUCUGGGCGUUUGGCGCCAUCUACUGGCCACGAGUUGUUACUACACCUACAAAUUUAAUUGCCUUUUCCCUCAGCCUAUAUUGAAGUCCCUUGAACAGGCUUUGACUUUAUUGUGUUGCCUGACUAGCUUAUUGGGUCAUUUUAACUUAUUGGUUUCCUUUAAUUACUUGAUUUAAUUUAUAUCCUUUUAUUUAGGAAUCUUAAUUGAUUCAAUUGGAUUAUAAUUGGCUUUGACCUGCGUGGGCUUGCUUUGGUUAAGUGAAAGGAAAAAACUUUUACUCCUUGCCUUUAAUUGGAGGCCUGAGUACUGCAGCCUACUUUAGGUUCUCUAUGCCAUCGGCUGGCCUCAAGGGGGUUAUCGCACCUUGUUAGUUUUGAUACUGUUCCUUCCCAAUAGAUAGGGAAUACAUUGCUUGGCCUGCGUUUUGGGUUUCUUGCAUUGUUUAAUUGGCUUAAUUGAUGUCCAUUGUUUAAUUCAAUUUAAUUUUAAUUCACGUUAAUUUAGUUUUCACGUAUUCUGGGUAAGGAUUCUAUUUGGUUGCGUGGGUGGGAGUUUGGCUUUGGCCUGCGCAUUUUCCCUCUCCCCCCUUUUAGGGGGGGGGGGCCGGGGCGUGUGCCGGGGUCCGGCCUACACCAGCCUGCAAUACAAGUCUAACUGAUUUCCCUGGGGCCUUUCAGAGGCCUGGGUGUCCCCAAAUAUUUUGCAGUUAGUUUUGCAGAUUGGUUGGGAAGGCUCCAAUAUUUGAGGGGUGGGGUGACGCCGCCUAGUGGUUAAAGUGGUAAUACGCACCCCUGUGUGAUUCCACGUGUGUUUGCUUGUUAUUCCAAGUAGUUAAUAGUUCAGGAUGGCGGCCCACCCAUCCACUUCAGGGAAAUCUAAGAGGGUCAUUAAGGGCGCUUCGCAGAAGCUGCGUUCGCCAGCCUCGCAGGCAGCGGGUCGCGUGGAAGCAUUCAUCGCUAGCAUUGCUGGUGACCCACAGGCCCUGGCCCAGCUUGGAUCUGGGCUUGAUGCCUUAUUACAGAACCCGGCCUCUCAUCCUGCCGCCUCGACCUCUGCUGGUUUACCUCUGGAAGCAGGGCGGGAGGCGGCGACUACGGCCAUGCCUCCAGACCGGCAAGGCCCAGACCCUCUUUCUGCCCCCUCUACCUCUGCAGGUGUAUCCCUGGACCCCGGGCAAGCUACGGUGGCGGCGUCGCAGCCUCUGUCCCCCAUGGCGACCAUUCUGGGACUGCCUGAGACCACCACGUCUGGGCCAGUUGACUCGUCGGAUGACGACUUCGUGGGGCCUUCUGGUGUUCUGAUGCCGAAUGCCUCUUCCACUCCUAUGGUGGUGCCGGCGCCCCCUCCCGUCAAACGACGAAGUGAGGGGAAGCAGCCUCGGCGCACCAGGAGGGCGAGGCAGGCUAAGGGCAGAGUAAGUGGGCAAGGGCAGGGGGGGCGGACGGGGGCCUCCUCUAAUGUUGUUGUUUCGCCCGUUGCUCCAUCCCAGACUCUUGCCGUCGCCUCGCGGCGCGAGGGGCUUUCGUCGGCAUCCGGCGAGGAAGCCCUCCCAGUGCCGGCUAGAGCGUCGAGUGGCGGAAAACGUCGUCACAAAAGUCGUUCCAGGAGGCGGGCAAAGAGGCGCAAGGACGAUACCUCGGCUUCGACCACCUCAGGGCUCGCGGACGUGCACAUAUGGAUGGUGGGACAUUCCAUAGUCCAUUGGGCAGGCCUUCGCGCUGGCCAAACGCCAUUGGGUCCUCGACUUGGCCUUCCAUCCAACAUCCAAGUGACCUGGAUGGGCAAGAGGGGCAUGCGCUGGGGGGAGCUUCUCCCUUUGCUGCGGCGCAAAGCCCUCUUGCUCGGGUGCCCGUCCGCCCUGGUGAUCCAGCUGGGAGAAAAUGACAUCCCCGCUGUGGACCCGUUAUCUCUUCGCCUGGCUAUCCUACGAGAUUUGUUGGAGAUAAGGACUUGGUUCCCUGAUACCGUCGUUUUUUGGUCCCAAAUGUUGCAGAGGAUGCAAUGGCGGGGUGAUAUUCCUCCUCUGGCUGGGGAAAGAGCUAGGAAGAGGGUUAACAGCGCAGCAUCCAAACGGGUGUACGAAAUCGGGGGGAGUUUGAUUCGUCAUCCCGCAAUUAAUGUUAGAGCCCCGCUUUUAUAUCGGGAUGAUGGGGUUCACUUAUCCCCUGAUGGGUAUGACAUUUGGCUGCGUGAUGUGUCUGAGGGUUUAAAAAGUUGGUUAGGUCUCUGAGUGUUGGCGGCAAGCCAGGGCUGGCUUGAUUGGCGGCUAGGCUUUUGGUUGGUUAAUCGGUUGGUAGAGGGGGUGGCACACGGAUGCCUACCCUCACCUCCGUUUGCUCCAUAUAGAAGUAUUCCGUUAAAGGAAUCUCGGGGCUUACACUCUUGUCCUUACCAUCCCGCCAUUGGCGGGAAUGGUGGGCCCAAUUUUAAGAGCAAGAGCCUUGAGGAACAUUCUUGGUGAAGGUGAGGAGGGAAUGACUGGGCGCAGCCACCUCCUCACUCCCAGGUAUGUUUACUUGACUUCCAUGCGGAAGUCGGAGCAGGAACUGUCCAAGCGGACAGUGGUGAGUCCUGUCCUAUGGUGACAGCUGACGUGAGUCCUGCCACGUGGGCAGAUGAGGUGAGUCCUGUCCAAUGGUGACAGCUGAUGUGAGUCCUGCCACGUGGGCAGAUGAGGUGAGUCCUGUCCAAUGGUGACAGCUGAUGUGAGUCCUGCCACGUGGGGCAGAUGAGGUGAGUCCUGUCCUAAGGGGACAGCUGAUUGAGUCCUGUCCUGGAUGGACAGAUGGGGAUAGUCCUUCUUUAGGAAGGACGAGUGAAUAACCAAAAGCCUAAGCCAACACUCGGAUUAAAUUGUGUAUUUAAUAAAGUUGUGGCCCUAAAUUAUUUGCCAAAAACCAAACCAUAAUUCUGUUGUCAGUUGUGAGUUAUUUAAGGUAAUUUUCUGGGAAGCCUCGACACACAAUG